ACAAUAAACUAAAUUUAGAUAUAAGAUCCAAGUUUUGUUGUUUUUCGAUUUUGUUAUUUUUUUUUAUAAAAUUUUACCAAAUAAAUUUAUUAUAUUAACAAAAUUAUAUAUAUUUUUUAAUUGUAAAAAAAUUAUAAAAAAAAAAUUCUAAUAAUGUGUGGUAUAUCAGCAAUAAUAAAUGGGGUUCAAAUUUUAGAUACAAUCCAAACCACAAACAAUAUCGAAAUAAAUAAUAGUAGUAAUAAUAAUAAUGGUAAUAUAAUAGAUAAUAAUAAUAAAUUUAUAAAAGAUAUUAAAGAAAGAUUAUUAAAUAGAGGUCCAGAUUCAAUUGAAGAAAAAAUUAAAAUUAUAAAAUCAAAAGCCAAAAAUGAAGAAAUUACAAUAGAAUUAAAGUUAAUUUCAUCAGUAUUGGGUCUUAGAGGACCAUUAACAGUUCAACCACUCGAAGAUGAUAAAGGAAAUAUUUUAUUAUGGAAUGGAGAAAUGUUUGGUGGCUAUGAUAUUGGUAUUCAUGACAACGAUACUUGUUUGCUUUCACAUAUUCUUUCAGAGUUAUCAACAUCGAAUCCAAGGGAUUUUAUAGAUAUAAUUAUUAAAAUUAAAGGUCCAUUCGCAUUCUUAUAUUGGCAAGAAAAAGAAAGAAUGUUAUGGUUUGGCCGAGAUGUUUUAGGAAGAAGAUCACUUUUGGUUAAUAGAAAUGAUGAUCAAAUGAUCAUUUCAUCGAUGGGUUCUUUUCCAGAUGGUAUAGAUGAUGCCAACCUACAAUCAUUACCAAAAUGGGAAGAGAUAAAUACUUUUGGUUUGUUUUCAAUUCAUUUUCCAGAGCAAUUGGAAUCUAAGCAUAUCAAAUUAGAAACUCAUUCAUGGGAUUUAAAUAACAUUGUAAAUAUUGGUAUUACAUCAUUGGAUUAUGAUAAUGAUAAUGAUGAUGAUGAAGGCGAUAAUAGUAAUAAUAAUAAUAAUAAUGAUAAUAGUAAUCAAGAGAAAUCGAAUUUAAAUGAAAAUAUUGACCAGUUACAUUUUUAUCCAUUUGGUAGAAGAGUUAAAAUGAGUGUACCAGAGUAUAGGGAUGAGGAAUUUCAAGGAUAUGUUGAUGGGUUUUAUAGAGCUAUUAGUAAUUCAAUUUAUACUAGAGUUUGUAAUUUACCAAAUAUUUCAAACGAAAUCCCAGAUUUAAUUAGACCACCCUUUUUACAAGAUAAAUUACCUAAACCAUUGGUAUCAAGAUUGGGUAUACUUUUUAGUGGUGGUCUAGAUUCGAUGGUAUUGGCUGCAAUGUCUGAUAAACACAUCCCAUUAGAGGAGCCAAUACAUUUAAUUAAUGUUGCAUUUGGUGAAGAUAAUUCAUCGGCGGAUGAAUUCGAUCGUGUACCUGAUAGAAAAGCUGCUAUACAAGGUUUAAAAGAAUUACAAAUAGUUUCACCAACUCGUCAAUGGAAAUUAAUCAAGGUCAAUGUUACAACACAAGAAAUGGAGUGGGCUAAAAAACACGUUUAUCAACUAUCUUACCCUGCUAUUACAAUUAUGGAUAUGACAAUUUGUUUAGCACUUUGGUUUGCAGGUAGAGGUGAGGGUAUUAUACAUGACUGCGACGAAAAGGAUCUGCGUUUUAUGACAACAAGCAAACCACGUUUCCCAUAUUUGGAUGAAGACUUAAUCAAAUAUCUCAACGAUAUCCCAUUAUGCUAUGUAUGUGAUUUGUCACAACCACAAGGUACUGGCGAUAAACGUAUUCUCAGAGAGGUUGGUCCAAUUCAAUUUGGUUCAAGAUCAAGCAAGCAAUUAAAUAAAAACAUUCCAGCUAGAAUUACACAAAAAUGUGGUAAAGAGGUUUUCUCAUUUACAACUCCGCUUUAUGACCCAAGUCAAGACCCUGCAUAUGAUGCAAUUCAAAAAUUAAAAUUAAAACAACAAAAAAAUAUUGAAAAAAAGAAACAAAUUCAAUUAAAAAAAGAAAUAGAUUCAAAAAAUUUAAAAGAAAAACAAUUAAAACAACAAGAGCAAAAUAAAUAA